AUGCCUCAGGGAAGACGAAAAGUGCCGUUUAGUGCCAAACAGAAGAGGCAACAGUUGAAAGACAAGAGAGACCACAAGAAGGGCCACAACCGCGAAGACACUGGCGUUGGAAGCGAUGACACGAAUGAGUUGAGCGGCGACGAGGAGACGACAAUUGUCUCGCAAAGUGGCGCCCAUUCCUCCGCAUAUGGCGUCAGACACAUGAAUGUCCAGAAGGCGGUCGACAGACAUAAAGACGUGAAUCGAUUCGCUCUUCAGUUCUUCGAAGAGUCGCCGCAAGAGUUGAGUGAAAGACGCGAAGAGAGUCGCAAACCAUUUGAAGUAUUGGCCGAAAACCGGUUGGAAGUGUCGGUGGAAGAGGUGUUCAGCGGUCGUGAUGGCAGACAAUCGUCGCUGGAUUUGCCGAAACGGCCGAAAUGGGACCAAAACACGACGUCCGCUCAGUUGGAGACCUCAGAGCACCGGUAUUUCCGGCAAUAUUUGGACACAAUUACCAAAUGCAACGACAGAUUGAGUUACUUUGAGGUGAAUCUGGAGACGUGGCGUCAGUUGUGGCGCGUCCUCGAGAUGUCUGACAUCGUGCUACUGAUCGCAGACAUACGGCAUCCGGUGUUUCACUUCCCGCCCUCUCUGUACGACUAUGUGGUGAAUGAGUUGAAGAAAGACAUGAUUUUGGUGUUAAAUAAAGUGGAUUUAGUUGCGGCGCCUCUUGUGCUCGCGUGGACUCAAUAUCUUCGGCAAACGUUUCCCGAAUUGAAUGUCAUUUCAUUCGCUUCUUAUGCGGGAAUGAAAGUCAAGAGCAAUAAGAAACGGAUCGGAAAACUGCGGAUGGCUUCCAAUGCGGCCAAAGACCUGCAAUCGGUUUGUCAGAGGAUUUGCGGCCAAAGAGUGGAUCUCUCGAACUGGAAGUCCAAAAUUGAAGACGAAUUGCGCGCCGAAGAGUUAGCCUCAACUCGCGAUGAGUAUAGCGAUGACUCGGAGGACGAGUCGAGAGAUCCGUUGAAGGCGUGCGAACAGAAGUACGAGAAACUGGAUCUCAAUUAUUACAACCAAACGGAACGCUUCAAAGAUGGUGUGGUGACCAUUGGAUGUGUUGGUCACCCGAAUGUCGGCAAAUCGUCGCUUCUGAACGCCAUUAUGGGUCGCAAAGUCGUGAGUGUCUCGCGAACUCCCGGUCACACCAAACACUUCCAGACCAUAUACCUGACGCCAACCGUGCGCUUGUGCGACUGUCCCGGACUUGUCUUCCCAUCGAAAGCACCCAAAGAGCUACAGGUUCUCAUGGGAUGCUAUCCUAUCGCACAACUGCGCGAACCCUACUCUGCCAUCGGAUAUAUAUCACAGCGAAUACCCGUUUCAAAGAUCUUACGGUUGACUCAUCCGAAUCACGACGAGCCGGGUGUCCAUCCGUGGUCUGCGUAUGACAUCUGCGAGUCGUGGGCUAUAAAGCGGGGCUUUUUGACGGCCAAAGCCGCCCGGCCUGACGUGUAUCGCGCGGCCAAUCAAUUGCUUCGUAUGGCUCUCGACGGACGCACUCUUUGUUUGGCUUUCUUUCCACCGAAUUAUGUCAAACAGAAGGACACCAUUUGGUCCACACAUCCAGACAUCAGAUAUAUUGAGACCAUUAGAGGCCAACCAUUGGAAUCGGAUUUGUUUGAAGAGAUGGCCACUAAUGUGAUGACUGGAGAUAAUGAAGACAUGAGUGAAGAGAGCGAUGAAGAGGAACAAGAAGUGCGAACGAAGAGUCGAUUUGCUGUCCUUCAAGAGUCCGAUUUAAAUGAUUAA